AUGUCAAAAGUAGUUGAUAAAAAUUUAAGUUUUGAACUUGGAGAAGAACUCAAUUAUCAUGUAAAAGAUUCAUUAUCAAAUAUCGAAAAAAUAUCUAUAGAUCACUUUAUAUGGGAUUUACAAGAUCAUAGAGGACAUAAUGAAGUUGUAUUAAGUCGCAAACCUGGAGUAAAAUAUGGUUUAAAUGAAGAACAAAGACAAAAUAUUGAGAAAUUAAAAGGGCCCAUAAGAUGUGUUAUAACCAUUGAAAAGAAAAAUAAAAGCGUAUUAGCAUUUGAAACCAUUGUACAACAAGACAAGUUUCUUCUUGAAGUCAUUACAUAUUAUGAAAACCAUAAAUCCAAUCAUGGAAUAAAGUAUAUUAACCUAAAUAAAGAUUUAAGAUUAUCAUUUAAAAAAUAUUUAAAAAUAUAUGGCAUAAAUAAGAAUUUAGCAAUAUUUAUUACAAAAUAUUACAGAUAUAAAGAAGAUCAAGAAUACAUCGAAUGGUUGGAAAAUUUAAAAGCUUUUGUCGAUAAUUAG